GGGGAAGGCGGCGCUCGGGUGCCGGAGCAAUGAAGUCAGCCGUGGUGCUGCUGGCCGGGUGGCUGGCGCUGACCGCUUAUUAUGUCUACCUGCCGCUACCCAGCACCGUCUCCGAAUCUUGGUAUCUCAUGGUGCUGGAUGCGUUUUUCCGGCUCGCGCAACAAUCGUGCAACCUGGCUCAUUCCAUGGGACUUGGCCACCAUAUAAGACUGCUCAAUGUUUUCAUUCAUAAUCUGGAGAGCUUGACCAGCCUGCCUGCAGAGCAUGUGAAGAUAACAGACACCACAUUUGAUGGUGUAGCAGUCCGAGUGUAUCAGCCUUUUGCAGAAAGCCAGAAGACAUUACGUCGCAGCUUGAUCUACAUCCAUGGAGGAGGAUGGGCAUUGUUAAGCGCAAAAAGUGGUUACUAUAAUAAUCUCUGCAUGGUUAUGGCUGACUCUCUGGAUGCUGUAAUUGUCUCAAUUGAUUACAGGUUACUGCCAGACUUCCAUUUCCCAACACAGUAUGAUGAUGUCCUCCAGGCCACCAAACAUUUUCUGCUCCCAGAUGUCCUAGCUCAGUAUUCUGUUGAUCCCACCAGAAUUGCAAUUUCCGGUGACAGCGCAGGAGGCAACCUGGCUGCUGCUGUGUGCCAAGAGAUAAGUCAAGAGGAUAACAUGACCAACAGAUUUAAACUGCAGGCCCUAAUCUAUCCAGUCCUUCAGUCUUUUGAUUUUAAUACUCCUUCAUACCAACAGAACAAACUCAGCCCAAUCCUGACACGCUUUCUGAUGGUGGAGUACUGGGUAGAGUAUUUCAAUGGAAACUAUGAUUUUGUCCAGCCCAUGCUGAUGAACAACCACACAUCUCUGGACGUGAGCAAGGCCAGUUCCGUCAGAGACCGACUGGACUGGACUUUCCUUCUACCUUCAAGAUUCAGAAAGAAUUACCAACCCAUAACUCAUACAACGGGGAAAGCCGAAAUCAUCCAGAAUAUUCCUGCCCUAUUAGAUGUCCGUGCAGGCCCGCUUCUGGCUGACAAAGCGGUUUUGCGCCUGCUGCCCAAGACUUAUAUUAUGACCUGUGAGAUCGAUGUUUUGAGAGAUGAUGGUCUCAUGUAUGCCAAGCGGUUAGAGAAAGCAGGUGUGGAAGUCACCAUCGACCACUUUGAAGACUGUUUUCAUGGCUGCAUGCUCUUCACCGUUUGGCCAAUUAACUUUUCUUCAGGAUUUCACACCAGAGACCACUAUAUCAAGUGGCUGAAUGAAAACUUGUGAACAGAGAAAGAUCAGAAAAAUAGAAAAGCAAUUCAUGCUAUUUGUUUGAAGACAUCGCUAGAGAACUUCCAUUACUGGAUAGCACGUGCCCCUUUACAUCUUGUAUGACAUAAUUGGACUCUUUUAUGGAGAAAAGUCUUAUGUAAUCUCCAAACCUGAUUCUAAAUACAUUUGCAAGGAAGUAAGACCUGGUCUUAUGGAGGCAGCAGAAAAAGGUGGCUGAAUCGCCCAUACCCCUUCAGACUACAGGACAAAAAUGCUACCUGUGAAUAUAGUUUCAUAUAAAAGUCCCUUCGGGUAGAACACUGACAAAUCAGUGAAAAAAGCGAUCAUCCUACUCCUGAUUUACUUUGCUAGUUUUCUACUUACAAGAAGAGUUCCUUCUCCCUAUGGACAUUCACAAGGAAUGGGGCGAAUGGUUGGCUUCUAAAAGGGACUAGGCAAAUUUCCAGAGGACAGGGCUAUCUAUGGCUGUUAAUAGCUCAGUGGGUGCAAUGGAGGCAGGACACCUCUGCCUACCAGAUCCAUAGGAACAACAUUGGGAUAGGAGGCUGCCUUAAUCUGUGGGCUUCCUAGAUGCCUCUAGUGGGCCACCAUGUGAGUUGGAAUGCUACCAAAUGGGCCUAGGCCUGAUCCAGCAGAGCUAGUCUCAUGUUUUCAUGUCAGCAUUGGCAAUACGAAACUAAAUGGACCAAGGUCCAAACAAGUGUAUGGUGAAUGCUAAGCUACAAUGUAGUUUGUUUGGUUUUGGCUAAGUAUAUUGUGUGAACCCAGCCAAUGGUGGCUUAUUCAGUAAACUACAGCUAAAUGAUGAUUUAGCAUGAUAGGUGACCCCAUUCAGUGUUUUCCAUACCUGCAGCAAUGCACAGCAUCAUAUUUGCAGAAUAGCACAGGUCACCCCAAGUCCUUCUCAUCCCUCUGUUAGCAUGAUCUCACACAAAAUAACUGAGAUCACAUGAGAUUUGGAAAUAGUCUUAGCUUCUGAAAUCAGAUCUGAAAGCUAUGGAAAUGUUAGUGAAAUAUCCAUAGAGAGAAUAUAUGAUAACCUGUCAGGAUUAUUCUAAAUAUGCCUACCAGGAACUAAGUCCUGGUGAUCUAGAUAAAUAUAUUUAGAUGAAAGCAUCUUGCAUGUAAUAUGCAAAUGAGAUUUGGAAAUCUCAUGAGAGUUGGGACAUUUUUAAUUUUUAAAAAGUCUUAUCAGCAUUCCUGGGCCUUACAAGUGUUUUAUGGCUGAUUUUUAGUUUCCCUAUUUGAAUUAGGGGCUUUUAGCUUGCCCCCCAAGCAUGACUGAACAUUGUGCUUAGAUGAGAGACCACUAGGGAAUUCCAUGAUUGUAGCCUAAACCGGCAAGUAGAAAAAGUAAACAAAAAUCCACACUCAUCCCGAAUGAGUGACAAUGACAAACCACUUCCAUAUUGUUGCCACCAUGUGUCCAUAUAAUCACCAGGAACUGAACUUCACUUUGUCAUAGGAAUCUAUACUUACCCCUCCCAUUCUAAGAGCUGCAUUUUGAGUUGGUUCACAACUUUGUUGCUUGGUAUUCUCCAGUCCUUUUCAAAUGAUGGAUUAUUGUAUAGCUGUGUGUCUUAACCCCUUAUAAUUUUUGUUCCUGGGACGAUCUUUGUGGGGUUCUUGGAAACAAGGAGAAAGCUGGAAGACAGCAUUUUACUUUGCAGUAGACUCAACUUCCCUUUCUUUAAAAAACAACCAAAUAUAAUCUGAUUUUAAAAAUUAUCAGGACCAUGGUGUCAAGGAAGGUCUCUGCAGGCACCAUGUUGGGGACUCCAGGCGUCAAUAUGGUGAGCGAAAUGGGCUGUGUUUCUGGGUUGGUUGUCUGCAAGCCAUUUUUAUGCUAAGACUAAUGCAAGCAGCUUCCUCCUUGUAGGAUUUGGCAGCCCUCCCAGAAGCUAUAGGUUGUCUUGUAUACCUGCCUUCUAUUGGAUGACAUAUUGAUCCAAGAGUUGACUUUGGUCUUUAGUGUGGAUUUUCAAAUCUUUGUGCUGCUAUACAAACAUUUUGCAAACUAAAUGGGCGCUGCUUCUCAGUCCCAUGUAAUAAAGGCUUUAUAGCAAUCAUGUUGGGACAGAUAUCCACAGUCAGCUGCAGAAGCAAAUCAUAUCUUGGUCCACCCCUUUUCCAGGCUAUCAGUGAUUGGUUCUUUGGUUGGACAAUCUAGGUAUGCUUACUCAGAAGAAAGCAGGAUUCAUAACAAUGUAAGGGCUAGCCAAUGGCCAAGCAAGUGUUCUCUCUUAUGGCAGAAUAUAUAUUACAUUAACCCCUCCCCUCCCCCAGAAAAGAGGAGAGGUGAGCAAUGAAGCAUGUCUGACUAAACCUCAGAGUGGACCAUAACUUCAGAAUUGAAAGAGAAAUAACUGAGAUUGUAUCCAUGAAUAUGGAAUCCUUGCAUUUGCUUGGGGAGGGGCCUAUAUUAUAAGUUCUUGCUUACUGAGUCUUCUCCCCAUCACCAAAUGAUGCUUCUGCUCUGGCACGUAGUCAGUGAUCCUUUGGUUUCUAGGAAAAGAAAAGAAAAAUGUGGACCUAUAGUCUGCAGUCUACCUGUUCCUGGUUUAACAAUGGUCUCAUCUUCUGUAGGAGCUGAGGGCAUAUCCUGCCAUGGGAAUAAGCGAUGCUGGGGCUCCUUAGGUUGCAUUACACAUUUGCAUAUUACAAUAUAUUUAUCUAGAUCACCAGGACUUAGUUCCUGGUAGGCAUAUUUAGAAUAAUCCUGACAGGCUGUUAUCAUAUAUUCUCUCUAUGGAUAUUUCACUAACAUUUCCAUAGCCUUCAGAUCUGAUUUCAGAAGCUAAGACUAUUCACCCUUUCAUUUAUUUAUUUUUGUUACUGUUUUUAAAACUUUUACCAACACAGGGGUGUAUUCAAAUUCCAUGGUAUAACUAAGGUUUUUGUUGUGCUUCUCUAGAGAGUUAUGGCAAAGCAUUGUGACCCUUCUAGGGUUGUGACUGUUAUGUCUGACUGAGUGCUCAAUGGUAAAGGAAGUUUAUUAUUCAAAAUACAGCUGUUAUUGUCAGCCUUAAAAAUAGCCUGGGGAGGUUGAAAGACAUGGGAAUUAAUACACCAGUAACUAGAAAUAUUUUCAGAGAUGAACUAUAUUUUAUUCAGAAGUCCACUUCUAAUUCUCGUGACUUAAGGGCCAAGGCCAAUAAUCUGAUUCAUACCAGGUUCUGAGUUUAGCCACAAUUCUUAAAUAAAAUCACAAGUAGCUGAGUUCAUACAAAAUGUUAAACUAUUACCAGACAAAUCAUUUAUGAUUUAAUGUAUGGUUGAAGCCGGCCUACAUAUGUGAAUUAGCUUAUCUGUGCAAGAAUGUCUAUGUUAUGACACAAUAUUUUUUUUUAUGAAUGGGUAUUCUUCAAAAGUCAAUCAUUAAUGUCUGUAGUUCUGCACUGUUUACAGUCCUGCCCCUCACCAUAAUUAGCAGCUGUUGAAUAAAUUUGUUAGAUAUCUGUUAAAUAUCUCAAGCGUUCUAUGAAUGCAAAGACAGGAUGUCAGUUGAAUAGAUAAAUAAAUAAAACUAUUCCCUCAGUA